CCUUGGCACAAUGCAGUGGGUAACCUUUACUUGCGUUCUCUUACUUUUCAGCUCUGCUUACUCCAGAGGUGUGUUUCGUCGAGAUGCACCCUUGAGUGAGAUUGCCCAUCGGUAUAAGGAUUUGGGAGAAGACUUUUUCAAAGCCCUGGAGCUGGUUGACUUUUCUCAGUUUCUCCGGAAGUCCACAUUAGAUGAAAUUGUAAAAUUAACAAGUCAACUAACUGAUUUGGGAAAAGCAUGUUCUCUUGAUGAGUUAGGUGAAAAUUGUGGCAAGCCACUUCGCACACUUUUUGGAGAAAAAUUGUGUUCAGUUCCUUCUCUUCGUGAAACCUACGGUGACAUGGCUGACUGCUGUAAUAAAGCAGAACCUGACAGAUACACAUGCUUCCUGACACACAAAGAUGAUGAUUUAGACCUCCCUCCACAGGGGUCAAUGAGUCCAGAUGCAACAUGCACUGCCUUUGAGCAAUAUGAACAGAAGUUGUUGGGAACAUACAUGUAUGAAAUUGCCAGAAGAAAUCCUUACUUUUAUGCCCCAGAGCUCCUUUACUAUACCCAACAAUAUAAAGGAGUUUUGACAGAAUGCUGCAAAGCUAAUGAUAAAGCUGCCUGCCUGGGACCAAAGAUGGAUGACUUGCAGAGAAAAGUACAGAUCUCCUCAUACAAAGAGAAAUUCAAGUGCUCUACUCUUAAAAAGAGUGGAGAAAGUGCUUUGCAAAAAUGGUUUGCAGUUCUCCUGACCCAGAAAUUUGGUGGCGCUAGCUUUGAAACUGUUUCCACAUUGGCAACAGAUUAUACCAAAGUCCAUAAGGAAUGCUGCCAUGGCGACCUGCUUGAGUGUGCAGAUGACAGGGCGGAUCUUGCCAACUAUAUGUGUCAAAAUCAAGCAUCAAUCUCCACUAAAUUGUCGGACUGCUGUACUAAGCCUGUGUUGGAAAAAUCCCACUGCCUUGAUACAGUGGCGGGUGAUAAUUCAGGUGCUAACAUAGUCUCACUAACUGCUAAUUUUGUCGAACAUAAGGAUGUUUGCAAAAACUAUAUGGAGGCAAAAGAUGACUUCCUGGGCAAGUUUUUGCAUGAGUACUCAAGAAGCCAUCCAGACUACUCUAUCGCAUUGCUGCUGAGACUGGCCAAGGCAUAUGAAGCUACACUGGAGAGGUGCUGCGCCACCGAUGAUGCUCAUGCAUGCUAUUCCAAAGCGUUUGAUGAAUUUAAACCUCUUGUGGACGAGCCACAUGAAUUAGUAAAAAAAAAUUGUGAACUUUUUGAACAACUUGGAGAGUGUGGCUUCCAAACUGCUCUCUUAGUUCGUUACACCAAGAAAGUACCACAGUUGUCAACUCCAACCCUUGUGGAGUUCACAAGAAAAGUAGGAAGAAUGGGAAGCAAAUGUUGUAAACUUCCAGAGGCAAAAAGAAUGGGUUGUGCUGAUGACUAUCUGUCUGCGAUCCUGAAUUCAUUUUGUCUGGCUCACGAGAAGACACCAGUGAGUGAGAGAGUUACCAAAUGCUGCACAGAGUCAUUUGCGAACAGACGGCCAUGCUUUUCUGCUCUGGAAGUGGAUAGUACCUAUGUUCCCAAAGAAUUUAAUGCUGAAACAUUCACCUUCCAUGCAGACGUGUGCACACUUCCUGAGUCUGAGCAACUAGUCAAGAAGCAAACUGCACUUGUAGAGCUGUUGAAACACAAACCCAAAGCAACUGAGGAACAACUGAAUACUGUUAUACGGGAUUUCCUAACUUUUCUACAGAAGUGCUGCUCAGCUGCUGACAAAGAGGGCUGCUUUGCUGAGGAGGGCCCAAAACUUGUUGCUUCAAGUCAAGCUGUCUUCGCCUAA